AUGGCGGCGAUUCGGCGUCUGAUCCCGUCCUUCAACCGGGUGCUGGUGGAGAAGGUGGUGCAGCCCAAGAAGAGCGCCGGCGGCAUCCUCCUCCCGGAGACCUCCAAGCAGCUGAACUCUGGUAAGGUCAUAGCUGUUGGCCCUGGCAGCCGUGACAAGGAAGGGAAGCUGAUCCCUGUUGCUCUCAAGGAAGGUGACCAUGUGCUCCUGCCUGAGUAUGGUGGUCUUGAAGUCAAGCUUGCUCCUGAGAAAGAGUACCUCCUCUACAGAGACGAUGACAUUCUGGGCACCCUCCACGAGUGA